UUCCAAUCAGCUACGCCGAGUCGUAUCAAUAGCUUAUAGGGAGACACACAGACUUGGCUAUAAAAUCUUAAAGGCUUCCUUGCAUUUUACAGGGUGACACCAAACAUCAGAGCCUAUUUCAUCAACUAUUCUACUCCAGACAUCCAUUCUUAGCGACAUAUCUAACAUUACACUACCAGCAAUGGUUUCUCUACGCGAUAUCGGACUUCUGCUCCUCGCAGCCCCAAUCGCCAUGGCAGCACCAAAAGCUCCCUCCGAAGUAACCAUAAAAACCCUUCCAUUCUCCAAACCAGAGGACACUUCCAAAGCACCGUCAACCUCAGCCGUCGCCUCACCCGCCUCAGACGCCGCCCAAAAGGCUGCUUGCCAACUCCCCCUCCGCUUCACCAACUUCGCCCUCUACUCCGACACAGGCUGCAAGAAUGUUAUCUUCGACCCCUUCAUGCUCACCUGGGAUCCAUGCAAGGGCUAUCAGUGGACAAACGCGCUGGCGAAUGGUGUUAUAUUCCAGAGCAUGAGAUGGACUGGGGGGAGUAAUGCGCAGGACUUUUAUGCUUGUCAGCAGGGGUUUUCAUGCAAUGCGAAUGUUGCGAGAAUUUCACAGAGCACGAAUGUUUGUUCAUCUGGCGGAGGGUUGCACUUUGAUAAACUUGCUAUUAACCCUUAGAUGCUGAUGGCGAUAAGAAGGUGUUGCUGGCCGGUUUGAGAGUGGGCUUCAACAGUGCAAAUGCAUUCCUUUACAGCAACAGACCAAUUAGGUGCUGGAGAUCCGACCCACUCUCGCAAAUACUUGCCCAGUAUACUCGCCGGCCAAUCAUCCGAGACUUUUCAUCACUUCAGUUCUGCUUUGUCAUUCGGACGAGUGUCGGACGAACGUCGACAAGAACCUUGAGUUGAUAUCAUAUUACAGCUAAUAGACCAACAAUAUGACAAAUUGUUCCGAGCCGUCCUAUCGUAUUCGUAAAUUUUCGACGUAUAUUACUACACAAAGCCGUCGUUGGAGCAGCUGAGAUUAUACAUUGCAUAUUCAAGCAAU